UUUUCACAAGCACAAACAAACAAACAAUAAGUAAAAUUGUAUAUAAGUUGUUGAAUUUUUUAUUUUAUGUUGAUUGUUAUACAUCAUGUCAUACAAGUAAGUAGAUACUCUGUUGACUUAAUAUCAAGUCACAAUUAAAUCGGCAAUAUGAAUUCGAAGAAGACCAUAACCUUCGGCAAGAUAAGCAGAAACUUAGAAAAACCGACAACCGAGGCAUCUGUCGAAGUCUCGAACUCCGGAUUCGGCACGUUUGGCAAAAAACGUGAGGAGAACAAUGUGAAAAAGAUAGAGGAGAUCAAGCCGGAGGAUGAGGAGGAGACUCAAAAUAUGCAGAAGUUGAUGGGCAUCACGGGCUUCGGUAAGAAAGCCAAGUCGUUCGACGUUCAGGAAAUGCUGGAGAACAUCACCAAGACCAUCAGCAGCAAUAAACCAGCUGCACUUGCGGCGGAUAAGUCUCCCGACAAAAGUACCGAAGAGUCCGAGAAGAAUGACAACGAAGAGAGCGAUGAUGAGGAUGAUUUCAUCGGCCCACCGUUACCGUCUUCGUUGUCCGUUGAUUCAGAUGCGACAAAGGAAAAGAAAGAAAAAGAAAAGAGGAAGGACGAGAGCGACGAUGAUGACGAAUCGUCCGAUGCCGAGGAAGAAGUAACGCUAAGAGACAAGAUUCCUUGUACACACGAGGUUUCAAUGAAUCAUGGCACCAAAGCGGUCAUCGCCAUCGCUGCAGAUCCAUCCGGAGCUCGAUUAGCAUCUGGAUCUGUUGAUUACGAUGUCUGCUUCUGGGAUUUCGCUGGUAUGGAUACAUCCAUGAAGAGUUUCAGGACCUUGCAGCCUUGUGAGAAUCACCCUAUCAAAUGUUUACAAUAUUCCACGACUGGAGAUGUAAUAUUAGUGAUAUCAGGAUCGGCACAGGCGAAAGUUUUGGACCGGGAUGGCUUUGAAAAGUGUGAGACUGUGAAGGGGGAUCAGUAUAUUACAGACAUGGCGCGUACAAAGGGUCACACUGCUAGUUUGAAUAGCGGCUGUUGGCAUCCGUUUACUAAAGAGGAAUAUUUGACCUGUUCGCAAGACAGUACUUGUAGAAUAUGGAUUCUAUAUAGGCCACGUGGGCAUAAAAGUCUGAUAAAAUGCAGAGCGCAGAAUGGUGUAAAAACAAUACCCACCACUUGUGCUUACAGUCGAGAGGGUGCAGCUGUCGCAUGCGGAUGCAUAGAUGGUUCGAUUCAGAUGUGGGAUCGCAGAAAGAAUUUUGUGAAUCCAUCUCUCAUAUUGAGAGGCGCCCAUGCACAAGGUAAUGAGAUAUCAAGCUUGAGCUUUUCGUACCUUGGACAGAUGCUAGCGAGUAGAAGUUGCGACGACACAUUGAAAUUGUGGGAUUUACGAGCAUUUAAAUCGCCAGUCUUUGAAAUAAAGGGACUGUUUUCACGUUACGACACAACAGAUUGCAUGUUUAGUCCAGAUGAUUCAAUGAUUGUUACUGGAGAAUCUCUGAACAAGGGAAAAACAACUGGCAGGUUGCUGUUUUAUGACAGUAAGACAUUUGAUCUAGUCAGAGAAAUCCCUGUGACAAACUCACAUGUAAUCAAGACCUUGUGGCAUCCAAAAUUGAAUCAAGUGUUUGUUGGUUGUGGUAAUGGUAUUGUCAAGGUGUAUUAUGAUUCCAAGAAAAGCAUGAGAGGAGCCAAACUGUGUGUUGUCAAGACACACAUGAAGCAGAAACACAUUGAGAUAAUGUCCACUCAACAGAUCAUAACACCUCAUGCACUUCCUCUGUUCCGUCAGGAUAGACCAAAGUCAGUUCGCAAGCAGAUGGAGAAAGAUAGGCUGGAUCCAGUCAAAUCGAGGCGUCCUGAUCUACCAAUUACAUCCGGACAAGGUGGCAGAGUAGCAUCUUCUGGAGGAACACUCAGCUCUUAUGUUAUACGUAAUCUCGGAUUGAGUAAACGAAUAGAGGAUGAUCAAGAUCCCAGAGAGGCCAUUCUGAAGUACGCAAAAAUAGCUGAGGAGGAACCUUAUUGGAUCGCACCUGCAUAUAAGAAAACGCAACCAAAAACGAUUUUCCAGUCUGAUGAUCAAGAUAGUGGACCGAGUAAUAAAAAACAAAAAACAUAAAUUUGUAUUUAUCAUAAAGGAUAUCUUUCUAUAAUCUUAUAUAUCUAUGGCAGAGAGAAUCUUGUUUUGGUCAUUUGGUAUCUGAGGGCGCUGAGGCUUCUAGAUCAGAAGUGGCCAUAAAAAUUCAAAGAAGAAGAAGAGGGCGCUGAGAUCUUGGAUUCUAAAAUGGCUGUCCAUUAGCGGUUCAUAAGUAAAUAAAGAAA